UCCACUUAUAUCAAUUCAGAUGCUCAUAGAGUGCGCACAUGGUUGCAGGAUUUAAAUUGAAGUGUCUUCCUUUCGGUUUCCUCAUAUUCGAUUCCGACGCGUUACUAACAAAGUUAAUUCUCUCGAAUCAAGUGAAUCUUUGUGAUCGGAUUGUGUGAGCCGCCGUGUUUCGUGUAACAAUCAUCUUACCUAUUGGAUGCGAAAUAGGUCGGCAAUCUCAGCUUCUGUGGUGAUCUGCUAAUCUGCGAAUAGUGACAAACAUGAGUGCUACCUUGAAGAAUGUCCUUGUGGUAGGAGGCGGAGGUCGUGAACAUGCCAUUUGCUGGAAGCUAGCUCAGAGCCCAAAAGUGGCCAAUGUGUACGCUCUGCCCGGUAGUCCCGGAAUCGGACAGUUGGAUAAAGUGACCCUCGUCAGCGACAUCAGUGUGAAGAAUCUCGAUGCGGUAGUUACUUGGUGCAAAAGCAAUUCGAUCCAUUUGGUUGCGGUGGGACCUGAAGAUCCGUUAGCUCAUGGCAUCGGCGAUAAGCUGCAGGCAGCGGGAGUCAAAUGCUUCGGACCGAGCAUGAAGGGGGCGCAGAUUGAAGCGAACAAGAACUGGUCUAAGGAUUUCAUGCACCGCCACGGAAUUCCGACGGCUCGUUACUCGGCCUUCACCAAGGCGGAUGAUGCAAAGGCAUUCAUUGGAAGCGCCUCGUUCGAUGCCCUGGUAGUGAAAGCCAGUGGUCUGGCAGCGGGAAAAGGUGUAAUCGUAGCGGAAAACAAGGACCAAGCAUGUGCCGCUGUGGACGAAAUCCUUGGCGACAAGAAAUUCGGUUCAGCCGGCGACGUGGUAGUGGUCGAGGAAAAACUAAACGGCGAAGAAGUUUCGGUCCUUGCCUUUGUGGAUUCCAAUACCGUUCGCGUCAUGCUGCCUGCUCAGGAUCACAAACGGCUGAAGAAUGACGAUUGUGGACCGAACACCGGAGGAAUGGGAGCUUACUGCCCCUGUCCGAUCAUCACGCCGGAAGAGCUGAAGAUCGUCACGAGAGAAGUGCUGCAGCGUGCCGUCGAUGGCCUACGCAAGGAAGGCAUCAAAUACAACGGCGUUUUGUAUGCCGGAAUGAUGCUUACCCCCAGCGGGCCGAAAACGUUGGAGUUUAACUGCCGCUUCGGAGAUCCGGAAACCCAAGUCAUUUUGCCAUUGCUGGAAAGUGACCUGUUUGAGGUUAUGGAAGCCUGUAGCGAGGAUCGGCUGGAGGGGAUUGAGUUGAAGUUCCGACAACAUGUCCAUGCCGUCGGAGUUGUCAUGGCCAGCAAGGGCUACCCGGAGACAUCCACCAAGGGUUGUGUUAUAAAAGGCCUUGAGGCGGUUGACAAGCGCCCAGAUCAUAUGGUAUUUCACAGUGGAGUAGGCAAAAACGCUGACGGCGAAUUCGUUACGAACGGCGGUCGAGUGCUGAUCAACGUAGUACUGCAAUCGAAUCUUCGCUCAGCAGCCGCCCUGGCAACGGCAGCAUGUUUCGAUGUUAAGUUUGACGGAUCGCAGUACCGGACUGACAUUGCCCAGAAGGCACUGAAAUAUGCGCAACUUACGUACAAGGGGAGUGGAGUCGACCGAGACGCAGAAAGUGACCUCCUAAAGCGAAUCAAGCCGUUGGCCAUGGGUACGGAUCGACCGGGAAUUCUGAGAACCUUCAAAGGAUUCGGAGGCCUUCUUAGACUGAACGAGGUAACUUAUGACGAUAACUCCGGUAAGCAAGUUCCCUACAAAGAUCCGGUGCUGGUACAGGGAACGGACGGUGUUGGUACCAAGCUGAAGAUUGCCGAAACUAUGAACUACUGGGAUAGUAUCGGCAUUGACCUGGUGGCAAUGUGUGUGAACGAUGUUCUAUGUGCAGGUGCUGAACCGUUGGCUUUCCUAGACUACAUCGCAUGCGGUAAACUGGAUGUUCCAACGGCUGCGCUAAUUGUCAAGGGCAUCACAGAAGGUUGUCGCGAAACGAACUGCGCCCUGUUAGGAGGAGAAACCGCCGAAAUGCCAUCUAUGUACAAACCGGGCAAGUAUGACCUGGGAGGGUAUUGCGUAGGAGUUGUAGAACAUGACGCGAUCUUGCCACGGGUUGCCGAUAUCAAGAACGGCGACCUCCUGAUUGGACUACCAUCCAGCGGAGUUCACAGCAACGGAUUCAGCUUGGUCAACAAAAUCUUGGACGCCAACGGCUACAAACUCACAGACAUUGCUCCGUUCAGUAAACAUAAGCUAUCGUUCGGACUUGAAUUGUUGAAACCUACCACCCUCUACAUCAAGUCAGUGCUGCCUGUUUUACGAAAAGGUCAUGUCAAGGCCUUGGCUCACAUUACCGGUGGCGGUUUGGUUGAAAAUAUUCCGAGAGUGCUUUCUGCUAACUUGGCAGUGGAAAUCGAUGCCAAUGACUUCAAGAUCCUGCCAGUCUUUGGUUGGUUGGCAGCCAACGGUAAUGUUCCUGAUUCCGAAAUGCUGAGAACCUUCAACUGCGGUGUUGGUAUGGUUCUUGUGGUUCCCGCCGAUGACAAGUCAUGGGAGUCGCUGAAAGCGUACGGAGGAGCCGUCAUCGGUAAGAUUUGCGAUCGUAAAUCAACGACCACUCCUCAAGUUGUCGUCAAAAACUUCAGCCAAGCGAUUGCCAAAGCUUCCGAACCGUUCAACAAAACUACCCGAUCCAACGUGACCAUAACGUACAAGGACAGCGGCGUCGAUAUCACUGCUGGGGAUGACCUUGUAACGAAGAUUAAACCUUUCGCGAAAGCCACCAUCAGAAAGGGAUGUAUCGGAGGAUUGGGCGGCUUUGGCGGUCUCUUCCGAUUGAAGGAAGCUGGAACAUUCAAGGAUCCUGUGCUAGUUCUGACGACCGACGGCGUGGGAACAAAGCUGAAAAUUGCCCAACAGACUAACGCUCACGGUACGAUCGGAAUCGAUCUGGUUGCUAUGGGCGUCAACGAUGGUCUAUGCAGUGGAGCGGAUCCGAUGAAUUUCCUAGAUUACUACGCCUGUGGUCAUUUGGAGGUUGACGUUGCCGCGCAGGUGAUUUCAGGAAUCGCCAAGGGCUGUACAGAUAGCGGAGCUGCCCUACUUGGAGGUGAAACCGCCGAAAUGCCAGGCAUGUACGAGAAAGGAAGCUACGAUCUGGCUGGGUUCGUUUUGGGUAUCACAGAAUAUGAUCAGCUACUACCAAGAACCGAUUCGAUAACCGAUGGUGAUCUGAUCAUUGCACUACCCUCUUCUGGACUUCAUAGCAACGGUUUCAGCCUGGUCCAUAAGGUAAUGGACUAUGCAGGACUAACCUACAGCGACAUAGCACCGUUCAGCGCUACAAACAAAUCAUUCGGAGAAGAACUACUCACACCAACCAAAAUAUACGCGAAGGAAGUUCAUCCUCUGUUGAAAUUGAAUCUCGUAAAAGCCUUGGCUCACGUGAAAACUGGCGGUCUCGUCGAGAACAUCACCAAGAUCCUUCCUCAGGGCUUCCAGGUUGAAGUUGAUGCUAAGCAAUUCCACAUUCCUCCCGUUUUUGGAUGGUUGUGCAAAGCUGGUCACCUAGCUGAACAAGAAAUGCUCCGAACCUUCAACUGCGGAGUUGGAAUGACCCUGAUUGUCGGCAAGGAGCAUGCUCAAACUGUGCUGGACGAACUUCAAAGCUUACGAGCGACUUCAAUUGGACGUGUGCAACAAUCCAACACGAGUGGACCCAAAGUCAGUGUUGUCAACUUUGCUGAAUGCCUCAAAAUAUCCCAACUGACGUGCUGCUUGCCAAAGAAACGAAUUGCCGUUCUGAUUUCUGGUUCAGGUAGCAACCUGCAAGCCCUUAUUGAUGCUUCAAGAGACACAAACUUCGGGAUUCGUGGAGAAAUUGUGUUUGUCAUUUCGAACAAAAGCGACGUCUACGGACUGGAACGUGCAGCGAGAGCCGGUGUUCCAUCGAAGGUUAUCCUGCACAAGCAAUUCCCUACAAGAGAGCAAUUCGACGCAGCCGUGUCCGAGGAAUUGGACCGGCAGAAGAUUGACCUCGUUUGCCUGGCUGGCUUCAUGCGAAUCCUGUCCGAGGAAUUUGUGAAAAAGUGGAAGGGACGAUUGAUCAAUAUCCACCCAGCUCUGCUGCCGAAGCACAAGGGAAUUCAUGUUCAACGGCGAGCACUCGAAGCCGGUGAUUCCGAGUCCGGCUGUACGGUGCACUAUGUGGACGAAGGAGUGGACACCGGGGCCAUCAUUUUGCAGAACAGGGUGCCAGUGCUGAAGAACGAUACGGAAGAAACGCUUACGGAAAGAAUUCACCGUGCGGAACAUGUUGCAUUCCCGAACGCACUACGGCUGGUAGCCAAUGGGUUGGUGAGUUUGGGCAAAGAUGGUAAGGUGCAGUGGCACUGAAUCGUUGGAUAUAGCAGAAAGUUCGUACGACUAUUAC